GCUUCCUGAUCAGCGUCAUCAGGUUCUUUCGGUCCUUUGUCUGCAUUCCCUAUCAGAACUUUAUCCUUCUCGUUCCUGCAUUCUCUCCUUCUUCCUUACCUUCGCCAAAAUGCUCACCACCGUCACCGUCGGCGGGGCGCUCGCCAAGCGCUUCGCUGAGGGCGAUGUGCCGUCUAAUUUCAAGCUUCCUCCUGUGGCCAUGUACUUUAUCCUCGGCGACUUUCUGCUCUUUCUGCCGAUUUUUCUGAUUUUCGCCUACACCUUCGGCCGCAUCUACCCCACGCUCGCCGCGGUGGAAGACCCUCUGCCCGCCUACACGGCCGUGCCGCUGAACGAAGAAUCCGCUCCCAAGGACAAUGACAUCCUCCCGGUUCUCUCCAUCGAGCCCGCCAAGCCUGUGACCUCGUCUCUGCGCGCCACCAACCGCCUGCUGAGGUCCUUCGGCGGCUGGUCCUCCAACUUCCGCGGUUUUGGCCCUGCCGUCGUCCUCGGCCUGCUGACUCUGAUCACGAUGUUCUUCUUCACCGCUCUCCCAUUCAUGCCGACGCGCGUCGCCCACCUCCUCGCCCUGCUCGUCCUGUCCCCGCUGUCCACCGCCUGGACGCACGUCGUCAUCACCCCGCCGAGCGCCAAGUCCUUCUUCAGCCGCAUCCCGUCCGCGCGCAAGACGUACAUCGCCACGGCGCUACCGAUCUUUGCUCUCUGGUCCGCCGCGCAUAUUGCCGUUCUCGCCCCGUACUUCCUCGCCAUGGCGAUCGGCCUCUCUGACCGUGCCAUCUCUGAUCUCGUCCCCCCACCGAACGGCGACGGCGAUGCCACGAGCCCGGCCAUGAGCGGCUCCGACGCGGCCAAGGCCAUCUGCGUGGCUGGCUUUGCGCUGGGCUUGCAGGUGCUACUGGUGAUCCCCGCGAUGACGGCGCUCACGCGGGUGCAGGCGUCGCUGCUGCCCGCCGACGAGGACACGGUCGUGCCCUUUGACCGCUCCUUUGGCGGGCGCGUCGAGCCCGAGGUGGUCAGCGGGCGCGGCUUUGCCUCGGUCGUCGACGCCCUGCGCACCGUUAGCUUUGCCAGCUGGAUGCGCAUCUACGUGCUGCGCAUCAAGCUGUUCGCGAUCGAGACGGCCGCCUACGUCGUCAUGGCCGUCGUGCUGGUCGCUCAGCUGUUCGUCGUCUACAAGACGUGCGACGGCUCCUCUAAGUGCUCUUACUAAAUCGAGCCAGUGGCCAGCGCUGCUUCCCUCCCUCUCUGACGGCUGGGAGGGAUAUGCGUGAGGUAUGGACGGUGGGGGAUUGGUUGCUGUUGAGAAGACGAGCACCGUCUCAACAGGGACCAGAGCGUUCCUGCGUAUGUAGUAGGCGAGAACGGGGCGUACGUUUCCAAUAUUUAAGGCAUCAUAUGAUGGGCAUCUGUAUUCCAUAGCUUUGUAUGAACCCUUUCUAUUUACCUUAGUCAGGCAUCGUACCGUCGGAUAGCCCAGCAAAGAUAAGUAAAAUACAUCAACCUAUCACACCCAUUCAACCAAGAUUUGACACCCGUAG